GCAGUUCUCAGCAUGGUCCCGGUGGUGGUUGUGUAUUAUGGUUUACGUAUAGAAAUGUUUCGCGUUGUGCCCUAACCGAAUUUGGAUAUAUUUGUUUCUGACAGAACUACAACGUUGAAGCAAUGUCAGAAUAUGAUGUUUCGGAGAUUGAAGCAGAAGAUCAAAGCGAGGAUGGUGAAAUUACAAAGAGUCCACACAAACAUUCACCAAUGCAACUUUCGAAAGACGAUACAGCAUUCAGCAUAUCGGAAGAGGAGGAAGAUGCUGAUGAUACAGCAGAUUCGUUGGAUAUAAAACCUCCCCAAGCAUCUGUUAUACAUCACCACAAGUCAAGCUCAUCUCGCAGUGGUAGCAGUAAACGAGAUAAACAUUCAGACAGAGAUAGUGGCAGACGUGAACAUAUACAUGGGAAAGCAGACUCAUCUUCUCAUAGAAAGAGUCACCAUCGAGCGCGGGAACACAGGGAGCACAGAGAGGAAAGACUGCGGGAGAAACGACACCAUCGGGAGCGUCGUGAGGCAGCUGCAGCAGCCAGGGAGAAUAAACGUGAUAGGGAGCGUGAGCGGGAACGAGAUCGUGAACGUGAUGUUAUCAGCAGCAGUGGUCGUGAACGUGAUUCUAGAGGAAUAACGGAUGGUGGUUUGGGAAGCAGAAGUAAAGACAAAAUGUCAAAUGAGCGUGGGGAACGUGUGUUGGAGGAUCUGAGGGAGCGACUGCUAGACAAGCGACGAAAUGAAGGUCGAAGUGGAGGUGCAGGAGUUGGUGGCGGUGACACUGAAAGAGGCAAUGGUCACUUACUUUCGCUGUUAUUUCCCAGCGGUGGAGGCACUGGUGGUGGUGGUGUCAGUGGUGGAGGAACAGAUCGAAGAAUAAAAGUGGAGCGGAGAGAACGAGACAGAGAACGUGAUCGUGAAAGAAGGGUAGUAGAAGAAGAAAUCAUUGCAGUUACUGCACCAAGAGAGUCAUCUCAUGAGAAAGCAGAACGCUUGGAGAAGGAGAUGAGAAGGGAACGUCUUCUAGAAGCAGAAUCAAACCACCUGGACGACAGUGACGAUGAAUGGAAGUUCGAAUAUGGAAGUCCUUACAGAGAGAUGGUGCGACAGAAGGAGGUGUACCGACGAGAGCUGGAAGCAAGACGUGAACGUCGACACUUAGAGAAAGAGAAAGAACGUACUCUCAGGGAAAUUGCCAAAAAAAGAGAACGCAGUCGCAGUAGAGAGAGGAAGAAACGUAGAAUAGAGGAGGAAGGUGAUGAAACCAAGGGUAACACAGAAAGAAAUGGUGGUCAAGAGAAUGCUGAUGCUGCCAACAAUAUUGUGACAUUGUCAGAUGACUCAGAUGAAGAGCAGCUCCAUGCUGUGGAACAAGGAAAGCAGCAGCCUGGAGGCAUGGUCAGGCCAGCAGGUACCAGAGGGAGUAGUCCAGGGGAUGAAGAGGAGGAUGUCUCUAGUGAGGCAGAAGAGGAAGAGGAAGAGGAGGAAGAAGAAGAAGAUGAUGAUGAGGACAGUGACAGUAGCACUGAGUCUGAGGAAGAUGAGGCUGUUGAAACUGAUUCAGGUGGCCAUCACACAGAUGAUGAAGCUGGUUAUAACAGUCGUAACCACUCGCCUGCUUCAGCAAAACGACGUCUGGGAUCAGAUGGUAAUAGAGAUGAAAAUGAGAUGCCAGCCUCUGCCACGAAGCCUGUAGACAAACAGUCAGAUGAAGAGGAAGAGAAUGGAAUUCCCUUCAUCAAUGACGAGUCUCCAAAAUCAGAUGUUGUGAUGCAAGAGGAACUUCCACCAUAUCUGCCAGCUAUCCAAGGAUGCAGAAGUGUGGAAGAGUUCCAAUGUCUUAAUAGAAUUGAAGAAGGGACAUAUGGUGUAGUAUAUCGGGCAAGAGACAAGCGCACAGAAGAAGUCGUUGCCCUUAAAAGAUUAAAAAUGGAGAAAGAAAAAGAAGGGUUUCCAAUCACAUCAUUGCGAGAAAUCAACACAUUAUUAAAGGCCCAGCAUCCAAAUAUUGUUACAGUGAGGGAAAUUGUUGUGGGAAGCAAUAUGGACAAGAUCUUCAUUGUAAUGGAUUAUGUUGAGCAUGAUCUAAAAUCUCUCAUGGAAACUAUGAAACAGAAGAAGCAAGUCUUCAUCCCAGGAGAGGUGAAGUGUCUCAUGCAGCAACUUCUUCGAGCUGUGGCACAUCUGCAUGACAACUGGAUCCUUCAUAGAGAUCUCAAAACAUCCAACCUGCUAUUGAGCCAUAAAGGCAUUCUGAAAGUAGGUGACUUUGGACUGGCAAGAGAGUAUGGAUCUCCGCUGAAAGGAUACACCCCUAUAGUGGUGACUCUCUGGUACCGUGCACCAGAACUGCUGCUGUGCACGAAGGAAUAUUCAACGCCAGUUGACAUGUGGUCUGUUGGGUGUAUCUUUGGUGAAUUUCUUUCCAUGGAAGCUUUAUUUCCAGGCAAAUCUGAAGUGGACCAGCUCAAUCGAGUAUUCAAGGACCUGGGGACACCAAAUGAAAGGAUUUGGCCUGGUUACAGUAAACUACCAGCUGUCCAGAGAGUGACAUUCACAGAAUAUCCUGUAAGCCAGUUACGGUCUCGGUUUGGAACCAUGAUCACCGAUUUGGGCAUGGAUCUAAUGAAUAGAUUUCUUACAUAUGACCCUGCUCAGCGUGUAACUGCAGAGGAUGCUCUUCAUCAUGACUACUUUGAGGAAGCCCCUCUUCCCAUUGACCCAGCAAUGUUUCCAACUUGGCCAGCCAAGAGUGAAUUGGGUCACAGGAAAGCUGCAGCUGCCAGCCCCAAACCCCCACCUGGUGGACACGAAUACAAACAACUUGGUGAUACAGAUGAAGAUGUUCCUGCAGGAGGAUUUCACAUGGGUCUUCUGGAGAAGGGACGUGCUACAAGUGGUCCUGGUUUCAGUCUCAAAUUUUGACCUAAAGUGCAGUUUCAGAUAUAACUUUGGUAAAUACCCAACAAAUGAACUUUUUUAACUUUGUGUGGUAUGUUACUGAAGGAUGUACAUAUACUGUACACUUACUCACUUUUUUAGUGCCUACAAUUUCCAUCCACAUGCUAUAUUUUUAGAUUUUGUUCUUCAGUUUUCACCCUGUGCAGUCCAGUGAUGGUAACCUUACAGAGUACAUAGUUCUUGUGCUAAGUUACACUUUAUACACAGUUCUGCAAGAAACAAAUGGGACUCAUUGCCAGCAGUUAGAGGUUCAAGAUGUCUUCUUUGAACUUUCCUGGCACAAACAAGCAAGAAGACUGUUAAAUGGAAAUAUGCAGAAGACCAAAUUAUAGUAAUUUAAUUUUUUGUUGUAUAUAAUGCAGUGUGUUUCUUGUUAUAAUUUCAGUACCAAAGUAUGUUGAUGGCACAUACAGAAUUGGGAGUUGAACUGGAAUAAUUUGUAAUAAGUCUUGUGCAGUGAUAAUAAAAUAAUUUUGGCGAUGAUAUUGUUA